UAGGCGCACGCCUUUGCCUUAAUCAGACCCGUUUGAAAUUAAAAAAAAAAAAAUUAAAAAAAAAGUUUAUAUUCAAAAUGGCGUACGUUUCCCGCGCAUUGAGACGCGCGUCGCCGUUCCUUUUUCAAAAAAGGCUGGAGUCGACGAUGGCGUCUUUGACAAAGGACGAAAUACUCAUUUUGCUUCGACCUCCUUAUACAAAUUGGAGUCAUAUCAUAAGGGAGGCUGAAAAGGUAGUCGGCUAUCCGACUUCAUUUAUGAAUUUGAGAUGUCUCUUGAGUGAUGAGUUUGCGAACUUGGCCCUUUAUUUGAGGAAAUUGGUUGGCAGUAACCAUCUAGUAAUGAAAACAGCUAAAAACGUUCUGUACGGAGACUCAAAAAACCUUCAACCCUGGGGAUUAGUAAUACUCCUCCUUUCCAAGUCGGUCAAAACACCCACAUUGAACUCCAAAGCUAUAUAUGAACAACAAAGACAAUUGGCGGAACUUACCGAAAUGAUGAGAACAGGGCAUUUAAUACACAGAGGAAUAGUUAAUGUCCCGUUUGCAAAGAGGUCUAAAAGUACCGAAUCAGAUAUAUUUGGGAACAAAAUCGCAAUUUUACUUGGAGACUAUCUUCUAGUAACAGCAAAUUCGAUGCUUGCAGGCCUUAAAAAUGCUGAUGUCCUAUACGUAGUGUCUACUGCUUUGAAGGAUUUGUCUGAAAGCGAAUUCUUUGGUGAGCGAGACGAGCAAAACAUGCCUAUACCAGGCAAGCCUAAAGUCGUCAACGAUGAUAAUAUUACGUUUGAAACUAACUGUAUAGAAGCAAAUGAUGUAUUGGGUAAAUCUAGAAAGGAAUGGACAGCACGAACUGUCUUCAAUGGUGUAAGUUUGCUUGGACGAGGUUGUCAAGCGUCUAUGCUGUUAGGAAAACAGAACAGAGAAACGCAAAACUUUGCUUACCAAUUCGGAUGUCAUGUAGGCUUAGCUUGGCAAGCUGCGGCGGAACUCCAAAAACUGACAGACAAUAAAGGUCAAUUUUGCCUAACAAGCGCUCCAGUUCUGUACGCAUUAGAAGGAAACCCAGACCUUUACAAAAUUAUAGAGCAAGCGAGAAACGACGUUAAAGACGUGGAUUAUGAGGAUCUUAAGUUUAAUAUACUGAAAACGGAUGCGGUUGAUAAAACUAAGAUGUUAUACGAGGAUCAUGCGAAGAAAGCGAUGGCUUAUAUCGAUAAUAUUGGACAGAAUGAAUCUGUUGAUAUGAUUAAGAAGUUGAUUAAUACGUUUUAAUUAAUAAUAAUAAAAUAUGUGUAUCU